UCCUCAUUGCUGCCUUCCUGUCCACACGCUUAGCUGCUACUUGUCACCAGAGUCACCAUGUCUCAACGUCAAAAGAAUCCAGAAUGUGCAGCUGACCAAGGCCAGACCUGUGAGGAGACCCGGGGCCUACAGGUUGCAGCAGUCUCCAGCAAUGUGGAGGAGCCAUGUACCUCCUCUCAUUUUAUGGCUAGUAGUCUGAAGGGCCAAACCUGUGAGGAGACCCAGAGCCUACAGGUUGCAGCUGUCUCUAAUGAUACGGAGGAACCAUGUUCCUCCUCUCAUCUUAUGGCUAGUAGUCUGAAGUCUCAGACCUGUAAGGAGACUCAGGGCCUAAAGAUUACUACACAGGUCUCCAGGAAUGUGGAGAAGCCAUGUUCCUCCUCUCAUUCCCUGAUGGCUAGCUACCAGAAUGAUCCUGCAGAUGAGACACCCAGUACUUCUGGGGGUCUUCAGAGUCCCUCUGCCUCUUCAAGACAAUCAGAUGAGGCUCUUAGCAACCAACAACAAGUGCAGGGUUAUCCAAUCUAUCCACCAUUUCAACAACACACCAUGAAUGUACCUAUGAUGAGUGUUGAUAGUAAAGUUGAUUUCUUGGUGAAUUACAUGCUGUACAAGUAUCAGAUGAGAGAGAUAAUGAGCAUGACUGAUAUAUUGAGACUCAUUGUAAGAGAAGAUGAAUAUCGUUACCAUGAAAUCCUUAUGAGAGCUGCUGAACGCAUGGAAAUGGUCUUUGGUUUGGAUGUAAAGGAAGUAGACCCUGUCAACCACUGCUAUGCUCUCUUUAUCAAACUAGGUCUCACCUAUGAUGGGAUGCGUAGUAAUGAGUAUAGCUUUCCUAAGACUGGUUUCCUGAUACUCAUCCUAGGGGUAGUAUUCAUGAAAGGCAACCGUGCCACUGAAGAUCAGAUUUGGGAAGUGUUGAAUCCAAUGGGGAUCUAUGCUGGGAUGAAUCAUUUCGUCUUUGGUGACCCUAGGAAGCUGAUAACCGAUGAGUUUGUGAAGGAGCAAUACCUGGUGUACCAGCCAGUAGCCAAUAGCAAUCCUGUACAGUAUGAAUAUGUGUGGGGUCCCCGGGCUCGAUUUGAAACUAGUAAGAUGAAAGUGUUAGAGUUUGUGGCCAAGGUUCAGGGGACAGACCCUACUGCAUUCCAGUCUCAGUAUGAAGAGGCUCUGAUAGAAGAAGAAGAGAGAACCCUUACCAUGAUUUUAAGCAAUGCUGGCCCGAGAUCUAGUUCUGGUGCAAGUUCUAGUGCCAUGGGCAGCAGCUUCCCUCAUAUCUAGUACAAUCAGAGAUAAAUUACUCCUGUAUAAUUUGCAGAGAGUUUGUAGAGUUGAGGAGAAAAUAUAGGUCCUAGUUUGAUACAGAGAGGAGGGAGAAUAUUAUCUGCAUAGUUCUAAUUUGUAGGUGUACCAUGCCAUUUUUUUCUUUCACUUUUUGACCUUUCUAUUUGAACAUUGUUGCACUUAGUAGCGUGUUUAGCUUCAAAAAAUCUCCACUAAAUGCCAUUCAUAAAUUUAGUAAUAAGAGCUUUGCCAUGGAAUAAAACUAAUUGUGAAAUAAUCUCAUCUAUCUGUAUAAUUACCUGGAGUAGUAAAACAUACUUUUGCUAAGCUUCUACCUUUUAAACAGUGUUGUGCUGCUGUUUUCUUUGUAUGGUAUACGUGGAGUUGCUUUAUGUUAUAGUUGCCAUGAGUAAUAAAAUUCAAGAAAUUUACCUCA